AUGACCGACACCGCACCCCGCUCGGUGCUCGACGAGCUGUGCUCGCCCUACCUCCCCUUCGAUGCCACCUCCCCCGUCUGGUCGGACGUGACGCCCGUUGCUCAAGCCGAGUCGUCAUCGCCCAUGUGUCCGAUCCUGUACAACGCCGACUACUCCAGCGCCAUGGACGUCUACCGUGCGCUUGUCUCGUCCAACGCCCCCGCCGCCUCGGUGCCUUUGGAGGGGAUCGAGCUCAGCACGCGCGCACUCGCCCUUACCGCACACCUCAUCCAGCUCAACCCGAGCCACUUUUCAGUGUGGCACUACCGGGCGAACAUCCUGCUGUACGCGCGCGAGCUCGAGCAGCGACCCGGUGGACGCGCAAGCGUGCUGCGUGCCGAGCUCGACUGGCUCGACAACCUCGCGCACGCCAACAUGAAGAGCUACCAGGUCUGGCAGCAUCGUCGCAUCGUCGUGGCUGCCCUCGGCGACCCGGCGAACGAGCUGCAGUUUAGCGCCGAGAAUCUCGCGCGCGAUGCAAAGAACUACCAUACCUGGGCGUAUCGCCAGUGGGUGCUGGCGCACUUUGGCGGGCUGUCCCUGCCGACUGCGGUGGGGGACGCGGUGGAAUCGCCAGGCAAGGCGCAGUUCCCGCAGCUGUGGGAGGGCGAGUUGGGGUAUGUGGACGAGCUGCUGCGCGAGGAUGUGCGCAACAAUUCGGCGUGGAACCAUCGCUGGUACGUGUGCUUUGCGCGCUUUGGCAUCUCUGCACACGCCAGUGUAGCCAAGGAGCGCGUCGAGGCGAUGCGCAAGACGAUUGCGUUCGAAAAGGCGUAUGCGCGGGCCUCGAUCCUGGGCACACCCAACAAUGCGUCGGCAUGGACCUACCUCCGCGCUCUGCACAAUUCCGUCCCUCACGAGCUGAGGACGCCCAUGUCGGAAGCUCUGCCAUGGGUGGAGACGCUCGUAUCCACGCCCAAGGAGGCCGAGGCGGAUGCGACGGUGGACAUCAUGGGUCGCAGUCCCGUAGGAGCGCUCGAAUGGUGUCUCGACUGCAUCACCACCACCACCCCUGACGCUGAGCAGCGUGCCGAGCAUCUAGUCAAGCGACUCAUUACCGUCGACAGUGUACGCAAGCGGUUCUGGGCAUACCGACUGAAAAGCAUCCGUCGUCAAUUCUAG